AUGGCGUGCCUGGGCUUCUUCCUCCUCCUUCUCGCCAGUGCAGUGGCCCGGGAGGAGUAUGGCGUGGUCCACGUGGUGUCACAGAAUUGGAGCAAGGACUACUGUAUGCUGUUCAGCUCGGACUAUGUCACCCUGCCCCGGGACCUACGUCACGCCCCACUCCUGCCCCUGUACGAUGGCACCUCGGCACCCUGGUGCCCUGGCGAGGACUCCUUCCACCAGGCCCAGCGCAGGUCCCCCAGCCAGCAGCCUCUCCACCGGACCACCGCCAUGGUCAUGAGGGGCAACUGCAGCUUCUACGCUAAGGGCUGGCUGGCUCAGGGCCGAGGAGCCCACGGGUUGCUCAUCGUGAGCCGGGUCAGCGGCCAACAGUGCUCAGACACCACCCUGGCAUCCCAGGACCCCCGUAAGCCCCUGCCAGACCUCACCAUCCCCGUGGCCAUGCUCCAAUACGCCGACAUGCUUGACAUCCUCGGCCACACCCACGGCGGGGCCAUGGUCCGCGUGGCCUUGUACGCGCCUCCAGAGCCCAUUCUUGACUACAACAUGGUGGUCAUCUUCAUCCUGGCCAUAGGCACCGUGGCCGCAGGUGGCUACUGGGCCGGCCUGACUGAGGCUGAUCGGCUGCAGCGGCGCCGGGCCCGAGGAGGAGGGGGGCCUGGGGGUCACAAUCAGCAAGAAGCAGUGGCAGCCCAUGAGGGACAAGAGGAAAAAGACGAGGACACAGCUGUGGACUUUACGCCGGCCAUGACGGGAGCAGUGGUCACCAUGUCCUGCUGCAUCAUGCUGCUGCUCUACUUCUUCUAUGACUGCUUCGUCUAUGUCAUGAUCGCCAUCUUCAGCCUGGGGGCAGGCACCGGCCUCUACAGCUGCCUGGCCCCGCUGGUGCACUACCUGCCCCUGCAGCAAUAUCGGUGGUCCCUGCCUGGCCGCCAGGCCUGUCUGCCGCUGCCCCUGCUGCUGCUGGCUGGCCUGUGCACAGUGGUGACUGUCCUCUGGGUUGCCUACCGCAACGAGGACCGCUGGGCUUGGGUCCUGCAGGAUGCGCUGGGCAUGGCCUACUGCCUUUUCGUCCUGCAGCGUGUGCGGCUGCCCAAACUCAAGAACUGUAUCUCCUUCCUGCUGGCCCUGCUGGCCUUUGAUGUGUUCUUUGUCUUCAUCACACCCCUCCUCACCAGGACUGGUGAGAGCAUUAUGGUGGAGGUAGCCUCGGGCCCGGCAGAUUCCUUGAGCCAUGAGAGGCUACCCAUGGUGCUCAGGGUGCCCCGGUUGAGCGUCUCGACCUUGGCCCUGUGUGACCAGCCCUUUACCAUCCUUGGCUUCGGUGACAUUGUGGUCCCAGGCUUCUUGGUUGCCUAUUGUCAUCGCUUUGAUGUGCAAAUGCACACCGGCCAGGUCUACUUUAUGGCCUGCACUGUGGCCUACGCUGUGGGUCUGCUGGUCACUUUUGCUGCCAUGGUUCUCAUGAAGAUGGGCCAGCCCGCCCUUCUCUACCUGGUGUCCAGCACCCUGCUCACCAGCCUGGCUGUGGCCACUCGCCGCCAAGAGUUCACUCUCUUCUGGACUGGCCAGGGCAGAGCCAAGUCGCCCACCCAGCCCAUGGCAGGGCUCCAUGGUGCCCAUUCAGUUGGCUCCAAACAGAAGCAGGAGAACACAACAGAUGUCUACACAGCCAGCGAGUCUGAGGGGGCCACCAACCACUUAGCAGGAGACUUAGACAGCAACAUCAGGAAGGACACUGCCAGAUUCAUCACCAUAGCUGAGGAUGAAGCCGCCAGCCUGGUUGGCUACAGUAACAGCUCUGAGGGCUGGAGUGAUGCCAUCCUGGCCCCCAGUGAGCCACCCUGGGACGCCCCCAGGACCUCGGAGGAGCCGAUGCCACUGAUGCCAUCCCCCUCGGAGCCAGGCCAUGAGGCUGACCUGCUCUGGACAAGGCUGCACAAAAGGAAGAGCUUGAAGGUAAAGAAGAGUGUGUUGACCCAGGCUCCCUUGUGA